GGUUCAAAAUUGCCGCUGAAGCGUACAUAUACCCAUCAAAUACUACCGUUGCAAUCUAUCUCUGAAUUCUAGGGUUUAGCUUUCAUCGAAACUGGGAUUUCGGACGCAGUUAUGGACAAAGACUGUGGUGUGACGGAGCACGAGGGAAAGCACAAGCCGAAGUCAUGGGACGACCCGAAAGAGAUGGCCGACUCCACCAUGGUUGGUGAGAACUCCCACCGAACCGUGGCCGAUUCUGAUGUCAACAAAAUUUGUUCGUCCAUCACCUCCUCAAUCAAGAAAGCCGACUUAGAUUCCAAAGUGGCCAAAAAGAUGGCUUGUUGUGGAAAAGAGGGUUUGCCAGAUACUCUUGCAUUCAUGGAGCUUGCAUUGCAACAGGCAAAGCUUGCCUUGGACAGCCUUGAAGUGCCUGUUGGUUGUGUGAUUGUCGAGAACGGGACGGUCAUUGCCUCGGGGAGAAAUAGAACCACAGAGACACGAAAUGCUACGAGACAUGCAGAAAUGGAAGCUAUUGAUGUUCUAAUUGAGCAGUGGCAGCAAAAUGGACUUUCACAGCCAGAAGUUGCUGAGAGAUUUUCAAAGUGCAAUCUUUAUGUGACAUGUGAGCCAUGUAUAAUGUGUGCAGCAGCCUUAUCUAUUCUUGGUAUAAAUGAAGUAUUCUAUGGCUGUGCGAAUGACAAAUUUGGAGGAUGUGGAUCAAUAUUGUCAUUACACUCAAGUAGCUCUGAGCCACUUAUCAGUGGUGGAGCUCCAAAAGGGAAGAAUUUCAAAUGCACUGGAGGAAUAAUGGCAUCUGAAGCAGUCUCUCUAUUACGAAGCUUCUACGAGCAAGGGAAUCCCAAUGCUCCAAAGCCUCACAGACCGACAGUCCAGCGAUUAUGAAACCAAGUAUGUUUGGCUUUGCUACUAAUUAAACAGGUACCUUUGAGGUAAGAUGCACCCCUCUUGCUAACUUCAGAAUUGCUUCAUGAGAUUAAGUACAAGUUGCUGCAGUUCGCUUAUGGCUCGACAACUGAAUCAGCUAGCUUGCAAGUUGGUGAUAUAGGGUAUCAACCACAUCCCUCAGAUUUUAAGCAGCUGAAAUGGGAUGGCAUCUGGUGGAAGGCUCUUCAAUAACUUAAGUUGGGGCAUUUUUGUAUCUCUCCCAUAAAAUAAACUCUGAAAAAGGAAGGAACAUAAAUUUAAGUUUGAUUUAUGGUUUAUUUGUAACUUGGCACCUAAAUAUACUCUAUUGGACCAUCUUAUAUAUUAUAUAGAUAAACAUAGUUUGCUUUUAAUCAA